CCACAGACAGCUGGAAAUGAUCCCUAUUGCUUUGUGGAGUUUCAUGAGCAUCGUCAUGCAGCUGCAGCAUUAGCUGCUAUGAAUGGACGGAAGAUAAUGGGAAGUCAAAGUGAAUUGGGCAACAACCCCCAGCAGUCAAAAGAAAGAUACAAGCAGUAGUACCGUUGUCAGCACACAGCGUUCACAAGGUAAUUGUAUCUUCUUAAACAUAAAAUGAAAUCUCUUGAAAGGGUAUUCACUAACCACCUGAAGUUUUUUUGUAUGAUAUUUGGGGGAGGGGGGGCGGGAGGAGAUAGUAUUUCUAUUUGUUUCUCUAGCAAUAUUUUUCUCACUUCUUCUCAGUGUUGACCAAGUAUAGCUUGUCCACUACUUUGGUGCUAGUUCAAGCUUUCUGACCCCUUUGGUAGCAGCUGAUGCCUUAGAACUACUUUCACCAACUAAGGGGCAAGAUACCCGGCUUUCUUGAGGUCACCGUCUGGGCUUCAUACUCAGAUCUUCCAAAUGCUUGAAUUGCUCCUCAAAUUUUGUUUCCCAAAGAGCAAUCCAAAAUGUUGUUUAAGGCCUGUCAAAUAUGGGUAACUUUUCUUUCCAAAUAUGCUUUGUCAAAUUUAUGUGUGUGUCCAUUUUAAAGUGUUGGUCCAACAAUUUUGCAUUUUUAAAGUGUUUCUUUUUUUUUGAUAAUUGUCUUUUUUAAAAACUCAGAUAUGGGAUGGUUAUUUCUCUCCAAUGCUUUUUUAAUGGUUCUGAUAUAAAGUGAAGGGAUUACUGUUUUCAUUCUGUUGCCUUCAGUCUUAGUUCACUUGCACAUGGAUUCACAUAAACUGAAUGGUGUAAUGUCUGGGCAACCAAAACUGUUGGCUUUUGAGAAAACUGUCAAAUACUUUAACAUCAAACUGUUGCAAUGCAAGGUAUUUCUUUGAUUGUUCUUCACAAAAUAUGGUUAAACCAAGUAUAUAUCAUGUAGCUAGCUUCAGUAAAUUGUGUUAACUGAGGCAAAUCUAGUCUACAUAAUUCCCAGUACCACUAUUUUAUUUUAAUUUGUAAAGCCUUAAUAUAGUGGUAAACUGAAUAAAAGUAAAUAAUUAUUAUUAGAAUGGUAACUAAGUCAUUAAAUUUUUUGCAGAACUGAAACUUGUAUAUUAUUAAUUUAUUUUCUCAGACCAGUAUAAUAAUUGACUGUAAAUAGAAAUAUAAAUGUCACUUCCUGUUAGAUGUAUCACAGUCUUUUCAGGAGAAUUUUUCCUAUAUUGUUACCUUGACUCGUUUAAAGUUGAUAGGAUUUGUAUAGAUAUAGGAUAGUGUUUUGUUUAUACUUUAUCGUAAGUCAUAAUCAUUUUAAGAAUACUUUAUUGGAUAGAUUUUAGUACUUUUUAAAUUCUAAAGUUCUGUUUUUCUUUUCACUUCCCCUUCCUUCCCCUUAUAAGAUCAUUUCCAUGUCUUUGUUGGUGAUCUCAGUCCAGAAAUUACAACUGAAGAUAUAAAAGCUGCUUUUGCACCAUUUGGAAGAAUAUCGUAAGUAACAGAAGAUAAAUAAAAUCUUUUUAAUUAGAAACAAUUAUAUGUAGAUAUAACUUGAAAAUAAUUUUAGUAUGAUUUUUUUAUAUUAAUUUAUAAUGUAUUACAUUGUUUAGAGGUCAUUCAAGAAGUUAACAGCAAAAGAUUGUUUUCCCACUGAUGAAUAAACCUCUGGUUUUCAAUUACCUUAAAAUCCUUUUUCAGUUAGCAUAGCUUUUAAGAGACAGAUUUGCCAUUGUACAUUUUAUAGUUUCUUAUAUAGGUGUCAGGCUAGCUUGGUGAUAAUCUUUAGUUAAAACUGUGCUGUGACUAAGGAAUUUAGAUCCAUUGCGCACGUCUAUGAUACCAUGCAUUUUGUGUUAAUAUAUUUUAACAAAAAGAAACUUUAACAAUUCAACCUAAAAAGCAGUUAAUAAAUGUUAUUUCCUAAGUAUUUGCACCCUUUUAAAAAAACUGCUAACAAUAAUAGUGCCUUAUAGUAUUUUAUGAAGCACUGCCUUGCUUGCACUUGUUAUUAAUCAUACAUUUUAGGCCCUGAUGAAUAAAUACCUUACUUGAUACAGUUAUUAAUCAUACAUUUUAGGCCCUUAUGAAUAAAUACCUUACUUGAUAUAGUAUUCAUCAUAGAAGAACUUUAAAAUUUUGAAAAGCAUGCCAUAUUAGAGUAAGAAUAAUAAGUUGUUUAUGGUACUUUCUGUGGAGUAAUUAUUUAGUUUAGAAAACUUCUUCAGGAUUUCCGGUUGCUCUAUUAUUUUUCCACCUAAAAGAGUACUAAAAAGGCAAUGCUAACGGUGGUUUGGUUUGAACAGACCAACAGCAGAGAUGAGAUGAGGAGACUGGGAAGUAAAUGCCAGUAGUGUUGGUGAUGAAUUUGGGGAGUUUUUAUUUGAAGAGUUAUAGUUUGUUGAUGAGUGGGUGACAAUGCAUGUGACCAAGGAAUGGCCAGCUUUAAAGGCAGUCACAGAAUUAGGGCUUAUCAGUGGACUUUCAGAUGACAUUUUUCUUUGUGAGACCUGAUUAGGAAAAUAAGUAUAGCUUUUCUUUCUGAUUGUUCCUCUUAAUAAUGUCUUAGAGUUUCAAUAAUAAUUGGCUUGCUUUCAAAUAUCUAGACUUAGACAGUCUUAUCCUUUGGCCUCUCAAGAGCUCUAAAUCUCUGUGCAAAUAUUUGUGUUUUCAUUUUGGUGUGGAAAAUCUUUGUAAAUUUCAUCCUAUUGUCAGAAUAGUCACAGGACCAUAAAAAGAUAAAGAAGCCUGAUCUAGAUCUUUGCUGCUGCUUCUCCGGAGAAUGUUUUCAGAGAGAAAUAAAUAUGAGUUGAACAUUUUUCAAGGUUAACAUUUCCUUAACCUUUAAGAAGAAAAAACUUUCUAACAUUGUGAACAGAUUAAGUAGCUUUUUAAUUAAAUGCUUUGAUUUCAAUUGAGGUAGCUUUUUUGAAAACCUGGGAAUUUUAGUUUGGGAUUAGGCAAAGAUUGUUUAACAGUUGGUGUGUUUAAGUUAAGUGACCUUCAAAUUUUAGCAGUUUCAUGAUUUACAAAUCAUGGUCAUAAUUUAUUUUUCUUAAAUAUGUUUUUGUAUCAUAUUUUUAGUCUAGAUUUUCUUAUGGUCCCAUGAUUAUUGAUGUAGACUUUUUUUUUCUUGGUGAGACCUUUAAGUUUUAGGAUUUUCAAUUGAGAUAAUGUAUAGUUUGAGUUUUAGGCUAUACAAGGAGUUAGCUUUCCUACAUUUAAAGGAAUCAUUUGGCAGUCAGCAUAUUUUCCUGAUUUUUUAUUGUUAAAGGAGAUAAGUUGAUAACUGUAUGUUGAAGGGUUCCCAUGAUAGAUAAUCUCUAAAAAGUGCAAAUAUCAGUGCUUGAUUUAUAGAUGUGUAAUAAACAGUGGUCUGUAAAAGCAUUUAGUAUAAAAAACAUGGUAGUUUCCCUUAUAUACAGCUUGUGAACUCUUCCUGUUCCUUGAGUUUAGGGUAGACUAAUAUUUUACGGUGUAGAAGAGAGUCAGCUACCAAAUUAAAUGCAUGUGUACCAUACAAAUAAUUUAUUAAGUAUUUUUGCAUAUUAAGAAUUGACUUACAUUAGUUUUCCCUUUUCACCACCACAUCUUUGUCAUUUUGACCCUGAACACUUAAUAAAUCAUUCAAAUUGAUCUAAAAUAUGCUUAUAUCUACUUUAAUAGAAAAUUACAUUGCAUGGCUUUCAGACUUGGGUUUUUGUUAUAAAAGUGCCUGUUUUGUUCAUGUGUCCUAAGAGAGCAAGCAUUAUGACAUACCUGACUAACUUAAAAGCAGAUUGCCUGUGAAGCACAAUUUGAGUCCAAUUUUUUGAGGUAUGGAGUUUUAGCUAUCAUGGCUGGGUUUUUACUCAAUCUCAAAUAAUAGGGCUCUGGUUAUUUUGCAGAGUGUCUCUGAAGAAUGGACAGAAUUGCCCUGGCUAACUACAAGCUACGGUUCACAGUGGAUAAAUGUUGGCGUGCUUUUUUACUUUCUGACUUUUUAAAAUUUUGCUUUUAUAUCUUGUAGUUCCAAUCAAUUUUAUAUGAAUGCUAUUAUAAAAUUCAGUGUAAAAUCUUUUCUUGUAUAGUUUAAAACUUGUGUUUGUCUAGUAUUUUUCUUCAAUGAUUUAACAUUUCUAAAAAUGUCAACUUCUCAAAUUUUACUCUAGUCGAAAAGGGGGGUAUAAGUUGAUCUGAAAAAAUGAAAUAAUUUAAUUAGUUUAGGGAAUGUACAACUUUUUUAUGCUUUUGGUUUCCGGUUUUCUAUUUUUUUUUUAAUUAUAAGGUAGAAUAUAAUGCCAAAUAAAUUAUAAAUUGCAUGGUUAAAGAAAGCCAUUCAUCUAAUAUCCUGUGAACUUUAUAAAUGUUUAAGUAGUUCAUGUGAGUAGCUGCUUUCACCAUGCUUAAUAUUUAAAAGUUUAAAAAUUUUUUUGGAGAGGCAAUUUCUGUACAAUGUACAUAUGCAUAUAUACUUAAGAAGUUACUGAUUUGCAUGUCUAUAAAAUUAAGCCUCAUUUCCUAAUACAUGAUAAAUUUUGUAGAAUAAAAGGUGAAUUUGCAUUAAAGGUUCACUUUAAUGAAGGUGAAACAUGAUAAUCAGUUGUGUGUGAAAUUCUCAUUUUAUAUCCAGAGGACAGUUUGCAAACCUAAACUUCUGAUUGUUUCUGAUUUCAGAGAUGCCCGAGUGGUAAAAGACAUGGCAACAGGAAAGUCUAAGGGAUAUGGCUUUGUCUCCUUUUUCAACAAAUGGGAUGCUGAAAACGCCAUUCAACAGAUGGGUGGCCAGUGGCUUGGUGGAAGACAAAUCAGAACUAACUGGGCAACCCGAAAGCCUCCCGCUCCAAAGAGUACAUAUGAGUCAAAUACCAAACAGCUAUCAUAUGAUGAGGUUGUAAAUCAGUCUAGUCCAAGCAACUGUACUGUAUACUGUGGAGGUGUUACUUCUGGGCUAACAGAACAACUAAUGCGUCAGACUUUUUCACCAUUUGGACAAAUAAUGGAAAUUCGAGUCUUUCCAGAUAAAGGAUAUUCAUUUGUUCGGUUCAAUUCCCAUGAAAGUGCAGCACAUGCAAUUGUUUCUGUUAAUGGUACUACCAUUGAAGGUCAUGUUGUGAAAUGCUAUUGGGGCAAAGAAACCCUUGAUAUGAUAAAUCCCGUGCAACAGCAGAGUCAAAUUGGAUAUCCACAACCUUAUGGCCAGUGGGGCCAGUGGUAUGGAAAUGCACAGCAAAUUGGCCAGUAUAUGCCUAAUGGUUGGCAAGUUCCUGCAUAUGGAAUGUAUGGCCAGGCAUGGAACCAGCAAGGAUUUAAUCAGACACAGUCUUCUGCACCGUGGAUGGGACCAAAUUAUGGAGUGCAACCGCCUCAAGGGCAAAAUGGCAGCAUGUUGCCUAAUCAGCCUUCCGGGUAUCGAGUGGCAGGGUAUGAAACCCAGUGAAAAAGGACUCCAGAAUCUAAAGCCAGUGGCUUGAGGCUACAGGGAGUGUAGUAAAGCCGUUGUUUACUUAAAGAUUUAUCAAAUCAGUCAGUGCAAAUGUCAGAUACAAUGUAUUUAUUUAAAAGAUUCAUUUUUAAUCAUGAAAUUCCUUAUCAUCCACAUUGUUUUAAAAAGAAACAAGAUGCUGGAUGUCUGCCAAUUUUUGCCUUCAUUACCUUUUUUGAUAAAGUUUCUCAGAUCCUUGUUUCAAACACAAAUGCAGGGAUUGCUGCCACUUUUUAAAUAUUAAGAGGCAGAAAAUUGCACAAUAUUGAACUUUUUUCCACUAAAGUAGUGUGCAGUUCUAGUUUGCAUUCCUGAUAUGAUUUAAAACAUGUAAUAUAAAGACGCUAAAAAAAAAAAAAAAAAAACCAAAACUGUGCAGAGUCUAGAAGUUCUUUGUAAUCUUCAGCUUAUGCACAAUUCUGUUUUAGGUUUAAAAAAAAAAAAAAAAGGCAUUGUUUGAGCUGUCCCAUCUCCACUGUUAUACUUUUGGGGUUUUUUAAUAUAAAUUAUUAGUUUACAUCAUUUUUGUAUCUACAUCUUUUUCACAAAUUUGUCUUGCCUUAUUAAAGUUCUGUAAAGUAUACUUAAAUGAGAAAAUGAUGUUCAUUUAGAUUGAAAACUUUUCUCAGAUGGAUUGAUAAUUGCAUUCAUCUUGUGUUUUAUAUAAGAAGGUGCCUCAAGAAUUCUCUGUUGGAUUUGUUUAAAAGGAUUUUUAUCUUCUGUGAUAAACUUUGCUGUGUACCAGGAACUAUAAAAACACAAACUUGUUACUAAAGAAAAUAUCUGAAAUGUGAUAAGUUCUUAUGCCAUGUUAAUUUCAUGUGUCAACUUCAACAUUUACAUGUAUUAUUUCAUUAUGUAAAAUGUUUUAGCAAUUUAAUAUUUUGCACAGUUAGCAAACUUUGUAUGUCAUUUCCUUCAAGGCAUUAUGCAGAGUUGACAUGAGAUUUAUAAGGUUUUAAGUUGUUUGCAUGUGAAAAUCAAAUACAUACUUUGGUAGUCUUUGAAUACAAAGUCAUCUGCUCUUGUUUUUCAAGAAUUUUGAGAUACAAAGUAGUAUGCAAAGGAAUAUAUUAAUUUGCCAGUAUCUAGGUAGAUUUACUCAAAAAGAGUGAAUCAACUUAAUAUGUACAAAUGAUAGCUGUGAAACUGUCUUUGUGUCAGGCAUGGGGUUCAUUGUGACCUCCAAUUUUGUCUGAAGGACCAGCUGGGCAAAGUGUUUUUUAAAUGUUCAGAGGCCAAAAGAUAAACAAAACAAAACCUUAAAAUCCUACCUCCUUAAACAGCCUUCAAAGAAGAGAAUCCUCAGUGCAAUCAUUAUUUUGAUUCUUUUGGUACCUGUUUUCCUUGAGUUUCCAAUUUUAUUAUUUUGGGGUGCUCCAAGCAGUAAGAGGUUUAAUCUUUGAUGGCAUUGUUCUAGUUUUGAAAUUUCUAGCAUAUUUCAGAGUCUCUUAGAAGACUUGUGUGGGAAGUUUCAUUUUGUUUUCACUGAAGGUCACAAACCUCCUUCUUCUUUGACUCAGAGAGGAAAGGUGCCAGUAUACACAUUUGAAUAGUUGAUAGUUUUCAAGACCUUCAAAGAGCUUCCAGCAUUUUACCUAGAAACAGAAAAGGCCUGCAAAAUCUUAAGUUUCCUGGCCUGCAUUUCCCAGGUAGGGGCAAAUGACUCUAAGCUAGUCUCUAGGCCAAUACCCUAGUAAACCAGAGCCCAGGAAAGACAUUUCGAGUGUUUUAUUCUCUGGAGCUCAAUUCUAUGCAGUUGUGCUAUUUCAUUAAGUCACUGUGUAUUUUUAAGUGUUGAUACAUCAAAAGUCGCUUUAUGGAAGAUGAGUAAAUUUUUUAAAUACUUGGAAAUUUUAUUUCCUUGUUAAUAUCUGCAGAUCAGGGCAUGUAACCAAAAGCAGCUUAAAUGAAAUAUUAAAAAAUGAAAUAUCAGGAAGCUAUUUUUAGAUUUCUUCUGGCAUAUGUUUCUAUUUUAGGACCCUCAUUUUUCUCUUAUUAAAAAAAAUUAUUUCCUGUACAUCUCAUGGACUGCAGGGUAAAUUAUUUGGGCAUAAAUAAGUUAAACGAAAGUAUAGUUUUCUUUCAUUGACCGUCUCCACUAAUAACAGUUUUUAUUCAGCGGUAUAUUUGGUUAUUGUACAAAUCUUAAAAAUGUACAUCAAGCACUUUUUGAGGGGAAAGUGGUAUCAGUACUCAUGAAAAGGUUACUACUGAACAGAUUCACAUUUUAGGAACACCUAUCUUUAGUUUAAAUCUUACUCUUAGUUUUCAGUCUAAAAAUCAUACCAGUAUUAGUAUCAGGUAAGGAAAUUAAAGUUUUUUAAAUGGUUUCAUUCUCUGCAAUAUGCAAAUUCAGAUUUUAUUUUCUGGUACUGUAAAGAACCUGAAGGGAUUCACACUUAAUGGGUAUUAAUCCAGUAUUCUUUACCCUGACUGUUUGGAUAUUAAAGUUCCUUUAUGUUUUCUAUAA